AUGCAGGGAUCAGAUGAUUCAAAUGAUGAAUUCUAUUUGGACGAGAAUGUUCCUAUAAAUGAACAAGAAACGACUACUUCGGCAGAGAAAAAGAAUGAUGACGGCCAUGUGAACUCCGACGAUCUCGUACAUCAACCUCAACUUGAACCUUGUAAAACAAAUCACUUUCUAGUUAAACCCAAUAUUUUGAGUUUGAAAGGAAAGAAUGGUCAGAGAUGGACAUCAACACAGCCCAGCAGAACUAAAAGAACUGCUUCAAGAAACCUCAUCCAUUUUGUAGCAGGCCCGAAAGGUGAAGCGAAGGAGUAUGUGACACUGGAAGAAUAUUUUUUGCAUUUCUUCUCUGAUCCUAUUCUUGAUAUAACAUUACUACACACUAACGAAGAAAUUGUACGACAAAGGCAAAAUUACACGGGUAACAACAAUGUGUCACCUACCACUAAAGAAGAACUACAGGCGCUGUUUGCAAUUUUGAUACUCUCGGCUGCCAAGAAAGACAACCAUCUAUCUGCCAGACAUAUGUUUGAUACGACGAUUUCUGGUUCCUUCUAUAGAGCCUGCAUGAACUGUGACAGAUAUAUGUUCUUACUGAACUGUCUCAGAUUUGAUUCAAGAGAAACAAGACAGGAAAGAAAAAUUAAUGAUCCUUUCACCCAUAUCCCAUCCAGUAACGAAUGGAAAUUUUUCCAGCUCCCAUACGGAAGGUUUGGUCUGUCAGCAGAUUACGAUACAUGCGAGUUUCAUUUAAUGAUGCGUAUUGCAGGAAGAACAAAGGGCUAA